AUGCAAGGGCGAGUGCAAAUUGCCUCUCGCUACGAAGUGUGGCAAUCAAUAGUGGAAGUGCAAACGUGGUGGCGGAAUUUCAACGGACUUCAUGCUGGUUUGGAUCCAAAAACUAUUAAAAACUGUCAUUCAAAGUUGAUGAACACUGGAUCAUUGGCAGAUAGCAAAAGAACCGGCCGUCCCUCAACAUCAAGAUCAGACGAGAGUUCGAGAGAUGUUCACAAGAAGCCCCUACAAGUCAACACGUCAAGCAGCUAG